UCAUCACCCUCCUCCUCCCUCUCCUCCUCCUCAACAACCGCUACUGCAGCAGCAGCCCGGUGCCUCCUGGAUCCAUGAAGAAAGCCCCCUCUUGCACGGCACCACCUCCACGCCACGAUGGGCCGCAAGCUAUUCACUGCGUUGAUGUGUUGAUAUUGAGAUAUUUCAGUUAUCAAAUAUGAAUCAUGCAUUUGAUAUUUCUGGCCACUUUGCUCGUCAGCAUCCUUUCGCCUUGGCUUCAUCCAUCACUAGCGUCAUCCGUUUCUCAAGGAGUAGAGGACAAGGUUGAGAGGGACGCAGUGCCAGCACUGCUGAAGCAACAGGCAACUGCAGCACCUGCUACAGACAACAGUACACACCAUGCAGUAGAGCAUGUGAUCACCUACCCCUCGCGGUUGAUCUACUACCUAAACGAGGACUCGGAGAGUACCUACCAUGACCUGGACACCCGGGCAAAGAACCAACCUACAGAGGGCCAGGCAGUCCACCUCGCCCAAGCCAGUUUCCAGUUAGAAGCGUUUGGCGCCAGGUUUGUUCUGGAUCUAGCAUUGAACAAUGACUUGCUGUCUUCGGAUUAUGUUGAGAUCCACUAUGAGGGGGGAAAACCAGUUCUGUCGAAGGGUGGUGAGCACUGUUACUACCACGGCGAGGUGAGAGGGAACGACAACUCCCAUGUGGCCUUAUCUACCUGCAACGGGCUGCACGGGAUGUUUGACGAUGGACUCUAUAUGUAUCUAAUUGAGCCCUUACAACAGACUCAUUCAAUCGAUACAGCUGCAAGGCCUCACAAAUUAAGAAGAACAGCCUCCCUUGCAUGGAACAACGAUUCUGAAGAACAGGAUGAGGAGGAGCAGCUCUUCUCUGAGCUGGAUGACUUGUCCUGGCUGAAGCGCAGGAAAAAGCGAGCAAUGCCUCGCAGUAUAUUUGAGGAGAUGAAGUAUUUAGAGAUCAUGAUUGUCAGUGACCACAGUAUGUAUAAACGACACAAGACCAAGCAGCACACGAGGAACUUUGCCAAGUCAGUGGUGAAUCUUGUGGAUGCUGUCUUCAAAGAGCAACUACACACGCGCGUGGUGCUCGUUGCUGUGGAGAUCUGGACAGACAAAGAUCACAUCCCGAUCAGUGUGAGGCCGCUGGAAAUGCUCCGGGAUUUUGCAAAGUACCGGCAGCAGAGCAUCAAACACCACGCCGAUGCUGUGCACCUCAUCUCAAAUGUGACCUUCCACUACCGCAGAAGCAGCGCAGCAUACUUUGGAGGCAUGUGUUCUUCGAGCCGUGGCGUAGGGGUCAAUGAGUAUGGCAACAGCUUGGCCAUGGCGGGGUCUCUAUCCCAGAGUCUGGCUCAGAACCUGGGCAUCCAGUGGGACCCGGCAUCCAAGAGAAAGGAAUGUGGUUGUGUUGAAACGUGGACUGGCUGCAUAAUGGAGGACACUGGGGUCCAACACCCACGGAGAUUCUCCAAAUGCAGCAUCACAGACUACAAGGAGUUUCUACUGAAAGGUGGCGGCUCGUGUUUGUUUAACAGGCCCACCAAGCUGUUCGAGCCAACAGAAUGUGGUAACGGAUUUGUAGAAGUGGGAGAGGAGUGUGACUGCGGAGCGAGAGCCGAGUGCUACAAGGAAUGCUGCAAGAAGUGUUCCCUCGCCAACGGGGCGCACUGCAGCGACGGCCCAUGCUGCAAUAACACAUGUCUGUUUUAUCCGCGAGGUUACAGUUGCCGCUAUGCUGUGAACGACUGUGAUAUCUCAGAGACCUGCUCUGGGGACUCUGGACAGUGCCCUCCCAACCUUCAUAAACAAGAUGGUUACCUGUGCCAGGUAAAUCAGGGCCGCUGCUACAGCGGAGAGUGCAAGACCAGAGAGAACCAGUGUAAAUACAUCUGGGGACCAAAGUCUGGAGGCUCUGAGAAGUUCUGCUAUGAGAAACUGAACACAGAGGGCACAGAGAAGGGCAACUGUGGAAGGGACGGAGACAAAUGGAUCCAGUGUAGUAAACAUGAUGUGUUCUGCGGCUACCUUUUGUGUGCCAAUAUUGGCCGCAACCCACGCAUUGGAAUUAUGAAAGGAGAGAUUACUCCAGCCUCCUUCAACCAUCAAGGCAGGGUGGUGGACUGCAGCGGUGGCCAUGUCCUUUUGGAUGAUGAGACUGAUUUAGGCUACGUGGAGGAUGGGACUCCCUGUGGGCCGUCAAUGAUGUGCCUUGACCGCAAGUGUCUGCCAAUCCAGUCACUCAACAUGAGCACUUGCCCUAGUGGACCUAAUGGACAGGUGUGCUCUGCCCAUGGGGUGUGCAACAAUGAAGCUACAUGCACCUGUGACACCACCUGGGCGGGGACAGACUGUAGCAUGCCUGACCCGCCUAAAGAGCCUGAGGUCCCUCAGGACGAAGGACCCAAGGGUCCUAGUGCCACCAAUCUAAUAAUAGGCUCCAUCGCCGGAGCCAUCCUUGUGGCUGCCAUAGUGCUGGGGGGGACUGGAUGGGGCUUUAAAAAUGUGAAGAAACGGCGAUACGAUCCCAAUGCCUCAGCCAUUUAACCCAAGGAGAGAUGGCAAUCACAGACGGACUCCUCCAAGGCUUCCUUAGUUGGCUACCUGACAGCUGGACUGCACUUAUUGCUGCUGAUCUUUGGCAUUAGAUUUACUUGAAAAAGACAUAGUGGACAUUUUAAUAAAUUCCAUCGUAGUUACAUUAGAAAAUGCAGCCUUUUCAACUCCACCUCACCCAUAUAACAAACCCACACUGCCCUCUUCUUCUUCCCAAGCCCCCGAUCUCUAGAGUGACAGAACUCCUCUUCCAUCCUUUAGUGCCAGUGCACAGGCGUUCAGGCGGAAACCACACCACUCUCUCACCUGGCAUGAUUAUUCGCACAAAGCGUGCUGCUUGCUGGCCCCCUGGCAUGAAGAGCCCUCUCUGCAGGGCUCUGCAUGGCUACGAAAAAGCUAUGAAUAUACUGCAAAAAAAAAGAGAAAAAAACAAACAUACAAAGAGAAAAAAAACUGAAUAAUCUAAUGCAGGAGAUAGCCUGGUUAAAAAACCAAACGCAGUGGAAAGCCGGUUUAAAUCUCCUAUAGUUCACGUUUAGGUGCUAUAGAUGAUUAAGGAGGCUGCAUGUGAGGACCCAUAAGGGCAGUGCAGUUCACAUAGUGAAUGCACACACACAAAACUGUACAUAAAUAAGGAGUUCAGGUUUGGUAUUAACAGCAUAUUUUACAAGGACAUAAAUUGCUUUUGUUUGUUUUGUUUUUUUUGUUAGUUUUUUUAUCUUAGCAUGUUGUAUAGCGGGUGUUUUUGGCAAUGUUAUUGAAAAAAAUACUGCAAAACUUGUGAUUUAGGGCCAAAAUUAUCACACUGCUGCACAGCCUCCUGUUCGUUGUCCAGGCGGAGGUCAAAGGUUAGACUCACGGCAGCGGACAGAGCAGCCAUGGUGUCGAGAAGAAGUCAGUUCUAGAGGGAUUCAGACUGAUAUGGAGUCAGAUUAACGUGACAAGAUCCCCCCACCCCCCUCCUCACCCCGCAUCCCAACACCCCCUGAAGUAUCUUCAACAGUGACUCAAAAAGCCAAAGAACCAAUCACCUGAACAUAUGGAUGUUGUUGCACACAGAGCACUUUCCCCUCUCUGUCUGCAGCCAGUGGUGCCUCUCCUACUGCUGAGGGCAUGAAGUCUGUCCGUGCAGGCGCUCACCUGUCCAGCCAGGUCUCACGUAACAGUCCUCAUCAACACCCACUAUACUGGCUUAACCUUUUUGCUCUCAUAAACUUCUUAGCAGAAAUCAAGUUCAGCUCUACUUGGAAACGCUGCAUGCAAUCACUAUAGUGGGCUUAUAAUUCUAUAUGGGAGUCCUCCGAAUCUGCAAGAAAAAUAUGCUACAAAAGAUAGGUGCAUGUCAACAAAAAAACAUUUAACUUUUAUUUACUAUGCAAAGAGAGAUAUUGCACAAAAGUAUGGGUAAUAAUGAUAUCAGUGUAGACAUGGAAUUACAAAAACUUCUGCUAAACAGCUAAUCUUUUGUAUUUGGCCACUCCCACGUCUCGUUUCACUUCGCUUCAACGUACUCAACAAACUCUGAAUGGACAAAAGUGGAAAAAAAAGAAAGAAGAAGAACUGAAUUAAUAUUUCCAACGAAAAGCGAGAGAGCACCCUUUUACAUUUGUGAAGCUGAAAAUCAUUUUUGUGUGUUUUUCAUCCGAUCUGAUAUUUUUAAUCACACACAUGCACAAACACGUACACAAACACACUGUUAUGGUGCCUGUGCAUAUUGAGGCCUGAACAGUUUCCUUGUGCAGGGCUAUUACUUCCAGUCCAGCUGAUAGUUGGUGUGUUCCAGGUGCUGCCAUAGCACUGGCAUCGUUGUAAUCCUCCAUGUUGCUCAUCGUCUGGUGUCCCUCUCUCACUGCAUCAUGUACAGUCGGACCGAUUAAUAAAUUACUGACAAAUUUUA